GACAAGUCUUCGCCUCAGCGCGCCCUCACUCAGACACACGCCCCGCGCGUUAAUUGGCACACCGACCUAGAGAACCUUACCAUCUGAAUGAAAGCUUUUCAAAAUCCAAACACUGUUUAUUCUUCGAUUGGGCAUGGAUUUACAGAAAAAUCUCCAGUCGAGGCCUUCUACUUCUUCUUCGAGUGCUUUUAUUCCGCCACACCGCACCCAACUUCACCCUCGGAUGAUCUCAGUCUAUUCUUCUCCGCCUCACCCGAACCUUCAGCCAAAUUCUAACAGGCAAUCAACCAAAUGGCUCAUCCUUGCCGCCUCUCUUUGCACCGUCCCUUUCUUGUUCUACCUCUUCACUACCGCGCAAAAAAUCCACACCUCUUCCAAAUUCGCUGAGCCAAAGUCUACAUUCUUCGGACUUGUUAUCAAUGCGGGUUCCUCGUAUACCAAAAUCAACGUCUUCGAGUUUCUCGGGGAGGGUCGGAUUCCCUUCCUUGACGAGGCUGGGUCGAACUCGAUGAAGAUUGGGGUUGGAUUGAUGGAUUUUGCAGGGGACCCUGAUGGGGCCGGAGCCUCCAUUGUGCAGCUAGUCGAGUUUGCUAAGCAGCAAGUCCCGAAGAAGGAGUGGGGAAGGACUAAGGUUCAGUUGAUAGCCACGCCGGAGUUGGAGAAUUUGAGUGUAGAUGUGAGGGAGAAGAUAUUGGACUCUUGCAGACAGUUUCUAAGGUCGUCCGCGUUUUUGUUCAAGGAUGAAUGGACACGAGUAAUUCGAGGUGAAGAGCAAGGUAUCUCUUCUUGGGUUGCUGCAAAUUAUGCUCUUGGAAACUUGGGACGUGAGCCUCAAGAAACUGCUGGAAUAGUUCAACUUGGUGGGGAUUCUUUGCAGGUCACAUUGGCGUUGUUAAAUUCAAAGUCAGUACAGCCUUCCCAGACUAUUAAAUUGUCUGGAGUUACCUACAAUCUCUAUACUCAGAGUUGGCCCGAACUUGGCCAGGAUGUAGCAUUGAAAUCGUUGGAGGAACUGCUUAAUCAUAGGGAAUCAAAAUUUUCUUCAAGAUCUAUCAGAAACAAUAUUGGUAACCCUUGCAUUCCAAAAGGGUAUUCUUGGAACUCUAAUGCAAGUUAUGUGCAUCGCCCAAUUGUCCAAGCUGCUGGAAAUUAUUCUGCAUGCAAAUCUGAAACUGGGACAUUUUUAAAGAGAAGAGAAGAUAGAUGCCAACACCAACCAUGUGAAGUUACCUCUUCUUUUCUCAAGUUAUCAGGCGUGCAAAUUUCUUCAGGAAACUUCUUCUACACCUCUGAGUUUUUUGGGAUGGUUCCUAGGGCUUCUUUGUCUGAACUGGAAGCAGCUGGCCGACAUUACUGUGAAGAUCAUUGGGAUGCUCUUAAAAAUCAACAUAAUGAAAUUGAUGAUCUGGAUCUAUCAAAGUAUUGUUUCUCUUCUGCGUAUAUGGUGGCAAUUUUGCAUGACGUUUUUGGGAUAUCUAUGGAAGAGAGAAGGAUUGGAUUUGGAAAUCGGAAGGGGACUUUUCACAUUGACUGGACCCUUGGAUCCUUCAUUGUUGAAACGAUGACAGAACCCGUUGAAUUGGAACCUGUGGACACAGGGCUGAUUGUUGGGAAUGAAUCAGUCACAUACUUCUCAAUGUUUGCAUUUCUUUUUCUAUUUGUACUGGCUGCAUUCUUUGUACUGCAAUGGAGAAAGCCACAAUUAAAGACUGUAUAUGACCUCGAGAAGGGACACUACAUUGUUACUCGUGUACCUAGGUAAUACUAUCAUCUGUGCCUUGAAUUCAUUCUUUUCAUUUUAAGAUGAAAUUUUCAGCUGGUGUA